GCCAUUGAGAACACAUCGAGGUACAGUAAAAAUUUAUGUAACAUUUUUGCAAGAUGGAAAAGAAAAUAGCUGCUAUGGAGGAGAGAGUGAGGCGAGCCAAAGCUGCCAGAGAUUAUAUGGCACAAUUAGUGCAGCAAGCCGAGGAGAGAGCCAAGGAGGUUAUCCUGAAAAAGGCAGAAAAUAUGAGCAAAAUACGCAAUCUGACGGAUCAGAAAAUGAUUCUCCAGAAGAGAAUUACUGAAAUGCAGGCAAAGAUUAAAGAUACUCCGGAUGCCAUGCAGAUUAGUGAUUCGGACUCUUCCGACAUGCCACAGAGGGCCCAGGAAACCGACUUGGCGACUGUGGAAUCUAUCAAAAGUCUCAUCCAGCAGAUUCAAGAGUUUCCACAGUUCGUGGAGAAUGCCAAGAAGGAGGUGGAGCAGAUGCGUACAGAACUUCCGGCCAAGCAAGCAAAAGUCCGGGAACUUGAGGCUGAACGUGAUCGAAAGAAGAGACUUCUCCAAGACUUGCUUGAGGCCAGGGACAAGAAGAAGCUCAUGAAUGAAGAGAAGAUGCAAUUCCUCAGGAAGAAAUCAAAGGAUCUGGACGACAAGAUGUUAUCCUUCAAAACUGGACUCCAAGACAAACAGAAGCAAAUUGAGGCCCUGAAGAAACAGAAGCAGUUCCUCGAGGAAAACUACAAGUUCUUUGGAAAUUCCACCAAAUAAUUGGCGAUAGAAAUCCAAUUCUUUUUUUAUUCUCAGAUUUUUUUUUGACUAUGUUCCCUCCUCUCAAUUAACUCAUUUAACAUUGAAUUAAUCUAGCCUAAUUACAAUAUUGUUCUGCCCAGAGAAAGGGAAAAUGAAAUUCAGAACAAAUGUAUUUUUAUCUAAUGAAUUUGUAUUUAAUU